AUGUUGAGACAUGGUUGCAGGGUUGCAGUGGCUAAAAGAUUUUCUAGCACUGUUCAAAGAGUCGACUACAAACUAGAUGCUCGAGACAUUCCAAACGAUGCGACUAUCUUCAGUAUGAUUCAACCUACAGGUAAAUUCCAUUUAGGUAACUAUUUGGGAGCCACAAGAGUAUGGCAAGAUCUAUGUGACCUCAAACAGCCAGAUCAAAAGCUUCUCUUUGGUAUUGCUGAUUUGCAUGCCCUGACUAUACCCAAACCUAAUGUACAAGAGUUUCGUCAAUUUAGAAAUGAAGCCAUUGCAAGUAUCCUAGCAGUAGGAGUCGAUCCUCAAAGAGCUACUGUAAUGCAUCAAUCUUCGAUUCCUCAGCAUAGCCAAUUGCAUUGGUUACUUUCCACGCUGGCGUCAAUGGGGUAUUUGAAUAGAAUGACUCAGUGGAAAUCCAAAUCAAAUUUGAAGCAACCGACUUUGGAUGCUGGUGCUAUUGGGAACGUUAAAUUGGGAUUAUUUUCAUAUCCUGUCCUACAAGCGGCAGAUGUCUUGAUCUAUCGAGCUACACAUGUUCCUGUAGGUGACGACCAAAGUCAACAUCUCGAAUUAACAAGAUAUUUGGCAGAACAGUUUAACAGCACAUACAAGACUGAUUACUUUCCAUUGCCCAAAACCUUAUUGGCUCCUACCAAGAAAAUAUUGAGUUUAGCCUCUCCAGACAAGAAGAUGUCCAAGAGUGAUACAAAUCAAGAAUCUGUAAUAUAUGUGAACGACGAACCUAAUGUAAUUGCUAAGAAGAUUAGAAAAGCCGUUACAGAUUCUAUAAUGGACCAUUUUAACUAUGAUCCUGUGAAUAGACCAGGUGUGUCGAAUUUAAUUAAUAUCAUCAGCGGUAUCCAAAGAAAAUCCAUACAGGAAGUAGAAAAGGACGUUUCUCACAUGAAUAAUUUCAAGGAUUUCAAAAACUAUGUAACAGAAGUUAUUGUCGAAGAGCUAAAAGGUCCAAGGGAACAAUUUGCUAGAUUUAUGAAAGAACCAGGGUACCUUGAUCAAGUCGUAAAGCGUGGAACUGAGGAAGCUCAAGAAUUAGCAGAAAAUAAUUAUAAAGAAAUUGCGAAAAUCGUAGGGUUAUAA